AUGUCGCAAAUCACCGCAAAUACUUCGGAUACUUCUAAUCAAAAUGAACAAGCUGCACCUAUCUCUCCUCCUACCCCUCCUAUCCUUUCUCCUGUCGCUCCCCCUAGUCUCUCCUCUGCCUCUAGUCUCUCCUCUGCCUCUAGUCUCUCCUCUGCCUCUAGUCUCUCCUCUGCCUCUAGUCUCUCCUCUGCCUCUAGUCUCUCCUCUGCCUCUAGUCUCUCCUCUGCCUCUAGUCUCUCCUCUGCCUCUAGUCUCUCCUCUGCCUCUAGUCUCUCCUCUGCCUCUAGUCUCUCCUCUGCCCCUAGUGCCAACCCCAAUGCUGCUCCUGUCGGCAACGAAGGCAACCAGGACCAAGGCACAGCUGGGUCAUUAACUCAACCUUUCUUUAUGACAUCCGAACUUGUGGACCUUACACGCGACGAUGAUGUCCCUUUUGGAAUUCUGCUUCCCCCAAAAAGACGAAAAUUAGAUGUAGGGCCGUCAAUCUGCCUCGGUCCCACCAAUCCAGCCCUAGAGUCCAUUAUCGGAUCUGGACCACAUCAAUGGGUCGAUCACCAGCGCUAUCCACUAGUGCAGCCUGGUAGUCACGUCAGCCCUACGUAA